ACAUGGUCACACUGAUGACUUGAAAAAAACAUAGUGACUGGAAUUAAGCUCAUCAUAUUAGUUUCACCUUUUUAUUUAUUCGAAAUAGUCACGAUGAGCUGUCCAGGAUUUGGAGAACUUAAUAUACCCUCGUCGCGUGCCUUCUGGGACGACUGCGAGGAGGAUGAAUUGGAGAACCUGAAGCCUGUGGAGAAGCUGCAGCUGCAGUUCGAUAAUGAGUCCGCGGGAGAAGCUGCCCCUGUGGAGAGUGAGAUCCUGGUGGUCAUUGAGGGAGUUAACGUCACUCACUUCGCCACCUCUCUGCUGUCAAAGGAUUCAAAACGCGUGUGUGCCAUUCCUGCCAAGAACUCGUCCCUGCACUGGAGUCCAUCGUCUAAACAGUUGCUGGCCAUAAUCAAUGAGGACCUAACCAGUAGCGGCGAGGUUGCUGUGCUCCUACUGCCGUAUGCCAAGGUGGCUAAAAAGGUGAUCACUCUCACGCUUAAGCCAAAGGUCGAGUUCAAAAGCGAGGAUAUCCAGCACUACCGGGAUCACAUUGCCAUUGUCCGCGGCAUAGGCGCCAACCAAGAGAAUAUCACUGAACUAGAGGCUCCCAACUUCAUUGCUGGAGUUGCAGCAGGCAUUGCCAGUUGGCGUGAUCAGGCGGAAUCUCCCGUUACCUCCUUCGUUAUUUACACCGACAAGCUGCCCCUCGAUGCCACAGCUGCCCAGCCGGUGAUCGAGGUACUUCAAAGCGCGGGCGUGGCCUGCAGCUCAAGCUACAUCCCACCGCGCAAGGAGAACUCCUAUCUGUACAUGUGAAACUACAUUUGGCAUUGUUUUUCUUAGUUUUAAUGCUUGUAAAAAUCGUGCGGUUGCGGAAUAAAAAACAAACUACUUAAGUA